GCCUUGCAAGCAGUGACAGUCAUCCCAACGGCUUAACAACUCGCCAAACUCUCCCACCGCCCACCCAAGUGAUCCUCCCGCAGUUGGUUGUCCACCACAGUCUUCCUCAUCCUCUGUGGCAGUGUCUUAGCCACAUUGACACUAGUCUACCCCGAAAAGGUGCUUCCUGACAAUCACCUCUCAACCUCUGCUCUCUACCACCAACACCAUCAUUUCUUGCCCAAUCCAUCCUCCUCCCACUGUUUCUUCAUCACCGCGCAGCCAUCAACGCGUGCACUUUCCUACAUUCAUCAACUGUCCAUCUUGCUGCCUCGCUGCCUCCGCGAGCCCUUCCUUAUUGCCGUUUCCCCUUUCUCAAAUCUGACAACAUACGCCGCGGCCAACAUGGCUGAGAUUCGUCGCAAGCUCGUCAUCGUCGGUGAUGGUGCCUGUGGAAAGACCUGUCUUUUGAUUGUCUUCUCCAAGGGAACAUUCCCUGAGGUCUACGUCCCCACUGUCUUCGAGAACUACGUGGCCGAUGUUGAGGUCGAUGGAAAGCAUGUCGAAUUGGCUCUAUGGGAUACGGCUGGUCAAGAAGAUUACGAUCGUCUUCGACCUUUAUCCUACCCUGAUUCUCAUGUCAUUUUGAUCUGCUUCGCUAUCGAUUCACCUGACUCGCUUGACAACGUCCAAGAGAAGUGGAUUUCCGAAGUCCUGCACUUCUGCCAGAGCCUUCCUAUCAUCCUUGUUGGGUGCAAGAACGAUCUUCGACACGAUCCCAAGACAAUUGAGGAAUUGGCCAAGACUUCCCAGAAGCCCGUGACUCCCGAACAGGGCGAAGAGGUUCGCAAGAAGAUUGGCGCCUACAAGUACCUCGAGUGCUCAGCAAAGACCAACCAAGGCGUUCGCGAAGUCUUCGAAUCUGCUACACGUGCCGCCCUAUUGACUCGCAAGAGUGGUAGCCGCUCGAAGAAGUGCAUGAUUCUGUAAACGAGUCAUCCCUCUUUGGGCCAGCCUCCAAUGAACCCAUCAAACCGCCAGGGAGAUACCAGGAUAAUACCUGACGGAUUCACAUACCACUCGGAUCAAGACUCUCGACCCUUUCCAGUGCUUCCUUCAGACAUCGGUCCGGUUUGGUGGCAAACUCAUGGUGCAUCCUUCGCACUGAUACAUUAGUUUUUCUUUGCUUGUCGUCGAAAGCUGGAGUGAAAGGUUGAGGGCAAGUCAUACAGAUUUUUGCAACGGGCUACGAAUGCGCACAGCUGAGGAUGGAACUUUAGCACCCAGAGGUGCCACAGUUGAGACAGAUAUGUCAAGUCAUUGAAAUCGGCGAUCCAUCCACGGCGUCCAUCAUCAUCCAAAUUUGGAGUUUCGGUUAAGAUGUUGUUCAUUGUUCCUAGAUGCGCGUUUGUGCCCUUCACCUCCCUUACCCCCCCUCUCUGUCUAUGUCGGCAAGCCUUAUCACUGCUCAAAGAUCCAGACGCAGUCUCAAUUCCACAGCAUCCGUCCCCGGUGAACUCGAAUGGUUUUCUUUGCAACGACUAUGC